AUGGAGGAUAAGAAGCAGCCACUUCUGUCGCCGAGAGACGAGUUUGGUGAUGCUGAUCGUGAUCAGCUACAUGACCACCUAGAGUCCUUCCCUCCAACCGCACACCCUUCUUUCAUUUCCAACGCCUCCUUCGCUCCCGAUGCCGACGACAUCUCUCCCAUCCUCGGCUUCCGCGACUUCUUCCGCGAGUUCUACAAAGAAACCAAGAAGCUGUGGUACCUCGCUGGCCCCGCAAUCUUCACCUCCCUCUGCCAGUACUCCCUCGGUGCCGUCACCCAAGUCUUCGCCGGCCAGGUCGGUACCUUAGAGCUCGCAGCCGUCUCCAUUGAAAACUCCGUCAUCGCCGGGUUCUCCUUCGGCGUAAUGCUUGGAAUGGGGAGUGCGCUGGAGACGCUGUGCGGGCAAGCUUUCGGGGCGGGACAGCUGGACAUGUUAGGGAUAUAUAUGCAGAGGUCAUGGGUGAUCCUGAACACGACGGGCGUGGUCUUGUGCUUUCUAUACAUCUUCGCCCAACAGCUGCUCCGGCUGAUAGGGCAGACCGCUGACAUAUCGAAGGCGGCGGGAGUGUUCGCCAUCUGGAUGAUACCGCAGCUGUUCGCGUACUCCAUGAAUUUCCCGAUAGCUAAGUUCCUGCAGGCGCAGAGCAAGAUCAUGGUGAUGGCGGCCAUAGCCGCGGCGGUUCUGGUUCUGCACACGGUGUUCAGCUGGCUGUUGAUGCUGAAGCUCGGGUGGGGCCUGGUGGGUGGGGCCGUGGUGUUGAACGUGUCUUGGUGGCUCAUCGUGUUGGCACAGUUGGUUUACAUCUUUUCAGGGACUUGUGGUCGAGCUUGGGUUGGGUUCUCGUGGAAGGCCUUUCAGAAUCUUUGGAGUUUUGUGAAGCUGUCUCUCGCAUCUGCAAUCAUGCUCUGUUUGGAAGUGUGGUAUUUUAUGGCACUAAUUCUAUUUGCGGGGUAUCUAAAGAAUGCAGAAGUUUCCGUGGAUGGCCUCUCCAUAUGCAUGAACAUAUUGGGAUGGACGGUGAUGAUUGCUAUGGGCAUGAACGCAGCAAUCAGUGUGAGAGUUUCGAAUGAACUAGGAGCAGCUCACCCAAGAACAGCAAAGUUCUCAUUAGUGGUGGCCGUAGUGACUUCUUUUUUCAUUGGCGUUCUCCUCUCGCUCAUCCUCAUCAUCUUCAGAGACCAGUACCCCGCCUUGUUUUCGAGCGACUCGGAGGUUAAGGCUCUCGUGAAGCAGCUCACACCAUUGCUAGCAACCUGCAUUGUCAUAAACAACAUCCAGCCUGUUCUCUCUGGGGUAGCCAUUGGAGCUGGAUGGCAAGCUGCAGUGGCUUAUGUGAACAUAGCUUGUUACUAUGUAAUUGGGGUUCCCUUGGGCCUAAUUAUGGGUUACAAGCUUGACUGGGGUGUUAAGGGCAUUUGGAUUGGGAUGCUGAUGGGGACAGUCCUUCAGACUUGCGUCCUAUUCGUGAUGAUUUAUAAAACCAACUGGAACAAGGAGGCUUCCAUAGCUGAAGAUAGGAUAAGGAAAUGGGGAGGGCAUAUCGAUACAGAUGACAAACAGAACAAGGGUGGAAACAAAGUAGAAAUUUGA